CACGUAAAUGCUGCGUAAUGAUGCCCAUCCGUUGUUUGGCACGUGUGUACAAGCAAUGUUUACUCAUUAGAUUGUGACGAAUGCUCGAUGUUUCGGGAAGAUAGUAAAGGGACGAGUAGUGGCAUAGCAAUGCUUAUUCUGUUAACUUUUCAAAGGCCAUACCAUUCAAAGGCUUUUCAUGUGUAGCUAUAUUUAACUAGGCUACUAGAUUUGUGAAUUGUGAGUAGCACAACGUUGACUAUUGCAUUGCGAAUUCUGAUGUGUUUUUUUGGUAGACGACAAGCAAGUAGGCUAGGCAACAUUGUCACAUUGUCGAGGCUAUAUGUCAAGUCACAAUAGUCCUUCACAAAUAUCGGGUAAGGUUACAAUAUGGCGCACUGGUUCCAUGUUACCUUUUCAGUUUGGAAACAUUGUUAACACUACGCCGUCACUGACCGUCAUCUUUGAAGGAAACUACACUCUGGUUCGACAGGGACACGGGAUUACAACCUUGCAUUGGUCAAGGUCUCCCUUCGAUUGUGCCCCCAUACAAGCUUUCUUACCCCUGUCGUGAGCCGCAGUGCCCCCCAGUGGGCUGUUUUAGUGGGCGCAGAGCAGAGCAGAGCAGGAAAUCAUAGUGCUCUGUCCACAGCAAGCCAGAGCAGCAGCAGCAUCAACAGCAGCAGCAGCAGCAACAGCAGCGGCAGCGAUGUCAGGGUUUAACCUGCUGCACCUGAUCACCAAGGGCCAGCCUGUGGCUCUUAAAUCCUGCGCACUCCCCUCAGGAGUAAGGCGUAAGAAGAAGACAUGGCCUGUCACUUUCACUCAGGAGGAGCUGAAGACGAGGCUGACCCCCAUGCAAUUCCACGUCACCCAGGAGAAAGGAACGGAGAGUGCUUUCACCGGAGACUAUGCCCAUAGUAAAGAGAAGGGGACCUACAACUGCAUUGUCUGUGGUACGCCUCUCUUCACGUCAGACAAGAAAUUUGAUUCCGGAUCAGGAUGGCCAUCCUUCUUUGAUCACAUAAAGGAAGAGUCCAUUGCCCUCACAGAUGACUUCUCCUAUGGCAUGCACCGCGUCGAGACCAGCUGCAGUCAGUGUGGGGCUCACUUGGGACACCUGUUCGAUGACGGGCCGCGGCCAACGGGGAAGCGCUACUGCAUAAACUCGGCAUCGCUGGGCUUCCAGUCGAAAGAGGCAAGUGAGACUGCUGCUGCCACUGCCGCCGCUGAGCCCUCUGGAGAUGCGUCCUCUGGGGCAGGCUCCUCUGGUGCCUCCACCUCCAAGACUGAGCUGUGACCCACCCAGCUCCCACUGACACGCACUGAUGGGCAAUCUAGAUUCAGAAGUGACAAUCCAGUGCCACAUAUUCCAAAAGACCUGGUGCUUUUACCUGUCCAACUAUUAGGCCAUUUGAACAGGUAAUACCAGGUUAUUUGGAAUAUGUGGCACUGCAUUGCAGCUUCUGAGUCCAGAUUGCCCAUCACUGCUGACACGUCAAGACAGACAAGUAGGCAACAGAGCAUGGCGGCUCAACCAGUCCAGCAAACAUCCCUUUCCAAUAACGCUGAAUGCAGUCCAACAUGUAAUGCACUCCACUAAUGAGACACCUGUAUACAGUGUCAUAUAAACCCUCCACCAACAGAACACGCCACUGAUGCUUAGGAGGAUUCAAGUCUGCAUUCAGCAUUGUUGUUUUUGCCUUGCCCAAAGCUGUCUGACCAGUAAGCGCUUACUGCCUAUGAAACUGUACCUAAACGCUCUCAGACGCACGGGAGUCUACCGAGCGCCAACAGGAUCCGAGUGUCACUCCGCCUUAAGAGUGCUCAGUGAAGGUUUUUGAUAAUGCACAUCUGUUAGCCGUGAUAUAUAUAUAUUUCUCUCUCAGAGAUGUAGUGAAAGCCCUUUGUUUGGAAAUGAAUUAUGUAUGUGUAUUUUCUUAGAGCAACGUGUUAGUUUUGAAGUGAUAUUUGAUACCUAGAGGGUUGGUGGUUUUGGAGAGCAGUGCUAUGCAGAGCUCCUGUGAGCAUCAAGCGGAGAACAAAGCAUUCUUUCAAAUAAAACAUAACAGAUGACAAAUGUUUAGUCUGAACACAAAUGUAGCCUGCCUUUAAAGGGUGGCCCACUAUUUUUUCCCCCUUCUUCUCCAUCUCUUGGUGCCUCUUGCUCCGGAUUGACUAAAUCAGGGUUUUGACUUUCACUAAUUCUGUUAACAUAUAAAUAUAUAUUUAAAAAGAGUUGUCAAAUAAAUGGUAGUAAAUCACCUUGAUAGCCUACA